GCCGGUCACCACACCGCGUCACUCCGCUUCUAUCUCCUUCCCCAAAAUCCAAACCCUCUCUCCAAGCUCCAUGGCUUAACAGAAUCAAAUCCUCUCAGAAAUCUGAAAAAUGUCUUCCCGUUUUACCCCUCAUAUUUCACCUUAUUUCCUAAUCUCUACCUCUAUCUCUCAAAGAAAAGCCCUAAUUGGCGCCAACCACACCUCCGCUCGCUUCUGCUCUCGCUAAAAACAGGAAAGAAAAACCACUCACUCCCUUUCAGAUUCUUUUUUUCUUUUAUUUUUUUCCUCAAGUGUUUAGUAAUCAUCAUGGAGCCUACCGCAGGGAAGCCGAACUUCUUGAGGAACAUUCUAGUGAAGGUGUUGUUAUUCGGCGUCUUAAUCAUAAUCGUCCGAUUCGCUUACAUUGUUACAACUACCGGCGAAUCAUGCAAUCUCGGAGACUUCUGUUUCUUACCGGAUAAUUUCAAUUUUGUCAUCGCCGGCACCGGAACCGGUGUCUCCACCUCGAACAAGGCGGUGGAAUCCACCUCAGCGGGCACCUCACAGUCGGAUCUUUACAGGAGUAAAGACUGGAUCAAGGCCGUCCAUUUCUACUCUGAUGUCUUUCAUGAUCUAGUCUCCGACGGUUAUAUGUCGGCGAUCUCGAAGACUUUGUGUGUGGAAACGCCGAGAGGAGAUGAUGUUUUAGCUUUGAAAGAAAUCGGUAUUUUGGACUCGAUUGGAAUUUACAAAAAAGCAUCAAAGCCCUUGGUGAUUUCGUCGAAGGAGAAUAGGUUACCGUUCGAUGAGAAUACUUUUGACUUCAUAUUCUCCGGUGGGGACCGGUUGGAUAAGACUGCACAGCGGCCGUUGGAUUUAACGGUGUCGGAGAUCCAACGGACAUUGAAACCCGAAGGGUUUUUUGUGGCUCACGUGAGUGCUAAAGAUACGUAUAGUUUUAAUUCGUUUCUAGAUUUAUUUAAUUCUUGCAAAUUAAUUAAGUCACGUGACAUUGAAGGUUAUGAUUCAUCAAUGCCUCUUAUUAGAGAAAUUGUGUUGCAAAAGAAAGUAGGAAGUGAAAUUGUUAGCAAAGAUUCUGAUGGCAAUUCACGGAAUUCGUGCUCUGUUCCUGGGUAUAAAAGGGAUUUGGUACGCAAUGCGGAGACGUUGAUAAUGGAGGAGCCAUUGAAGCCGUGGAUUACCUUGAAAAGGAAUAUAAUGAAUAUUAAGUAUUUGACGGCGAUGGCGGAUAUUAGUUUUAAGAGUAGGUAUGUGUAUGUUGAUGUUGGAGCCAGGAGUUAUGGUUCUAGUAUAGGGAGCUGGUUUAAGAAGCAGUAUCCGAAACAGAACAGGACGUUUGAUGUGUAUGCGAUUGAGGCGGAUAAGGCAUUUUAUGAGGAGUAUAGAGUGAAAAAAGGGGUUACAUUGUUGCCGUAUGCAGCAUGGGUGAGGAAUGAGACGUUGAGGUUUGAGAUUAAUCAUGAUCCGGGCAAGGAAGUUAAGGAGAAAACGAGAGGGAUGGGGAGAAUUCAGCCAGUGAAAUCAUCGUUGUCAUCUAGGAGUUUUAAUGGAGAAGUCAAUGAGAUUGAAGGGUUUGAUUUUGCAGAGUGGCUGAAGAAUACGGUGACGGAGAAGGAUUUUGUGGUGAUGAAGAUGGAUGUUGAAGGGACUGAGUUUGAUUUGAUACCAAGGUUGUUUGAGACGGGAGCCAUUUGUUUGAUUGAUGAAAUCUUUCUUGAAUGUCAUUAUAAUAGGUGGCAAAGAUGUUGUCCUGGACAGAGGAGUUCCAAGUAUGAGAAAACAUAUGGGCAGUGCUUGGACCUGUUUACAUCUCUUAGAGAUAGAGGAGUUCUUGUUCAUCAGUGGUGGUGAUUGGUAACAAUCCUCUCAUCUUGUUGUAACUUCUAGGGAAAGUGCUCUAGGAUUUUAAUCUUUUUUAUUUUUCCAGUGGUUCCUUUGUAUGCAAAUUUUCUUUUCUUGUAAGAAUUGCAGAUGCAAAUGAAAGUCUCACUACUUUUUUCA